GAGUAUUAGCAUUUCUCGGGCCUACUUGGCUAUGGGGAAGAGGCACGCACUGCAGACAGCUCUCUAAGCCUUGACAAGCAGGGCUGGCCUCUACACAUGACCGUGAUCUGGGAUCUCGGCUUAGGAAAGAGCCCGCUCUCAGGUUGCUGGCAGAAAACAAAUCUUGAUGUAAAAGAAGAGAAGACCGAACAGAAAGCGUCUCUAGCAACUGAUAUCCCCAGACUUGGAUAUAGUUCCUCAUCCAAUCACAAGUACAUCCCCCGGAGGGCAGUGCUUUAUGUACCUGGAAAUGAUGAAAAGAAAAUAAAGAAGAUUCCAUCCCUGAAUGUAGAUUGUGCAGUGCUCGACUGUGAGGAUGGAGUGGCUGCAAACAAAAAGAAUGAAGCUCGACUGAGAAUUGUAAAAACUCUUGAAGACUUUGAUCUGGGCCCUACUGAAAAAUGUGUGAGAGUCAACUCAGUUUCCAGUGGUCUGGCAGAAGAAGACCUAGAGACCCUUUUGCAAUCCCGGGUCCUUCCUUCCAGCCUGAUGCUUCCAAAGGUGGAAAGUCCUGAAGAAAUCCAGUGGUUUGCAGACAAAUUUUCAUUCCACUUAAAAGGCCGAAAACUUGAACCACCAAUGAAUUUAAUCCCUUUUGUGGAAACUGCAAUGGGUUUGCUCAAUUUUAAGGCAGUGUGUGAAGAAACCCUAAAGAUCGGGCCUCAAGUAGGUCUCUUUCUAGAUGCAGUCGUUUUUGGAGGAGAAGACUUUCGAGCCAGCAUAGGUGCAACAAGUAGUAAAGAAACCCUGGAUAUUCUCUACGCCCGGCAAAAGAUUGUUGUCAUAGCGAAAGCCUUUGGUCUGCAAGCCAUAGAUCUGGUGUACAUCGACUUUCGAGAUGGAGCUGGGCUUCUUAGACAGUCACGAGAAGGAGCUGCCAUGGGCUUCACUGGUAAGCAGGUGAUUCACCCUAACCAAAUUGCCGUGGUCCAGGAGCAGUUUUCUCCUUCCCCUGAAAAAAUUAAGUGGGCUGAAGAACUGAUUGCUGCCUUUAAAGAACAUCAACAAUUAGGAAAGGGAGCCUUUACUUUCCAAGGGAGUAUGAUCGACAUGCCAUUACUGAAGCAGGCCCAGAACAUUGUUACGCUUGCCACCUCCAUCAAGGAAAAAUGAUCUGUUAAAUGAAGCUCUCAUCAGGAAGCCCGAGAGGUGAGGAGCUGAGGUUAGACACCAGGAGAGGCACCAUCACACAAAAGCACAGCCGCAGAGUCCCACUGCCACCAGGCGACCCCCACCCACCCCAGUGCACAGCAGAGAGGGACAGGCAUGUGGGGAGCCAGCAACGGACAAGAUGGCUCUGGGGAUCCUCAUUCUGUGAAGACACCAACUCAUUUCUCAAACACGGGAUCCAGGAGACAGAUAGCUCCUAAAUGGAGGUGGCACACGCUCCGUGGGGUCCCUCAUAGAGGAGUGCCACCCUCCACCCUGGCCACCCUGUGCUGCCCCAGAGUGGCCAGAAAGGAAGGUGGGAGCUAGCCCCAUCCUCACUCAGAGGCCGGAAGGAGGAAGAUGGCAUCUCGCCAACUUCAGAGCUGAAUGGCCUCUAGCCACACUGCUUCCAGUUCCCAGAGGAGCACCCAUUGUUGCAGCUGGGACCCACCCAGGACGGGACUCCUGGAGUCAGGUGCACACCAGGUAACCCAGGACCACGCUGCGCACACCCAGUCUGCCCCUCUGCUCAGAACACAGAGGGAUGGGAGGAUGGCUUGGCAGUGGGAAGGCAAAAGAAGGCCUCUCUCACUCUGCCCCUGCCAUACACACCCGCUGAGGGUGUUAGAAGCAGUGGAGGCAGAGCUGGCCCUAAGCAAAAGAAGAAAAUAAACCCCACCUUGUCCUUCCUAUGGGCAGCCCUCACCCCAAUCUAACUACCCUUCCUAUCCUCCAGCCUAAUCCAGAGAAGCCCUUGGCUUGAGGGGAUGAAGGGCUUGCGUUCUAGUCUCCACCCCAGCCCCACAGGCAGCCAGCCAGCCAGCCCCACACAGAGGGGCCUCCUCAAGGCCUCACUGGGAGCCUCCUGUCCCCAGCCAAGGAGCCCUACAGACCUGGGGAAAAGCAGGCCCCUCCGUAAGGCCCCUGGGUGGUGCGGAGGCCGGACUGGCUAGGCCUCCCACUGCUGGCCACUCCCAGGCCACGGGUUCCUAGGUCCCAACCACAUCGGACUGCUCGCCAUGCCCCUGCCCUCAUCCCAAACUGCUUUGUUCAGACAAAACCACCUUGUUUCAGUCUCCCCAAAUGUCCAGUUUAUUAUCUUCCUCAUAACCCAUGGUCCCUAUUAGGGUAGUAUCAUGAGACUAAGACCUAUGAGAGCCACAAAUCUGGACCAAAGUCCCAUUCCCUGAACAGAGACCCAAACGACGAGGGUCCCAGAAGAGAGUUCAGUCCUGAUCAGAAACCCAUGGUGCCUUAGUCCUUGAAGAACAAAACUCCAGGAAGAACAUGCUGGAAGGCAAAGGGUAUUCCCCCUCUUUCCCCACCCGCAUCUCUGUGGUGCCAUGGGUGGGCCCAGGUACCCUGGGAAAGGUGGGAGAGCAGCCAAGGGUGGGUGAGUGAUCUCCACUGGGCUGACCAGGCACCCCCGAUAUGGGGAAGGGAGAGCUGCCCGACUCCUGAGCCAGGCGUAGGUGACAGGAAGAGGACCUUGCAGCUAAUCUGAUUAAUUAGAAACCAUACCUGUUUAUAUUUUGCGUAGCUCAUCACAAGCCGCUUAGCCAUAUCACCCCCCUGUUAUUAAUUCUUGGGGUCUAAAUUAUGGGUAACACUAUUAAAACAUUAUCAGAACUAAUGAGAAACAAUUACUUAGAAAAUGAGCCGGGACAAGAUUGAGUUGAGAACAUCAGUGGUGAUCACUGUAGAUUAGUUUAAUAAAUCAUCAGGUGCAAGGCAAGACUGACUGUAUGUAUGCAAAGCCCCGUCACGGGAAAAUGAAAUUGAGAUUUUUUUUUUUUUGCAUAAUUUUUUCAUUAAUCUCAAUAGGACCCGUGUGGUGUAGAUUGCUUUAUUCCCCUAAUACCUUGCCUGAGGGGGGGUGCCCAAUAAUGUCUUCAUUGUUUUACUGAGGUCUUAAUGACAAUCUGUGACAACCUCAUUUUAAUGUAUAGAGGAUUAUAUCAAUACAGUCAUGUUUUAUUGAAAUGGUGAAGGGAACUCCAGUCAGAGUCGGGCAGUGUCUGUGAGCACAAGUUAGGAAGUUUCUCGGCAUCCGGGAGCGUUCCCGUCUGAUGUCCCAGUGUUAGCCCUCCCGGCCGCCCUCCCGGGACGGCUGGGAAAACAGUCCUGCGGGAUGAAGAUUUCACUGCCUCCGAUUUGAAUUUGAAAUUAACUCCUUCCCUGGCAUAUUUCGCUGGGCAGAUAGAACAAACCAUGUCGUUUUCCCCCCCAUCUCUAAAAUAGACAUAUUAUUAUCAUUCACACUUUUGCACCCGGUCGUUUUGCGGGAGUUCGGGAAACUGACUUUCUUCAUUGGGGACAUUGUCAUUUUCUAACGAUGCCACGAGGAGAAAAAAAAGAAUACGGGUUUUUUUGUUUUAAUUGGAAGGACCUUGUGCUUUUAUGAUUUCAGUUUACCUUGGAAAACUGAAUCUUCUGUGUUUUCUUUCUUUCCUCUAGUGCUAGAAAAGCAAUGAAUUGCACAAAACAGGUUCUGAGACGGCCCGCAGGCCCCGAGCUCGUGGACGCGGCCGAGGGUCGGGUGUGACCCGCGGAGCCCCUGCCAGGCUUCCCGGCUCAUCUUCGCGGGGAGGGGGGAGGCAUGACCAGACCCCAGCAUUUCAGCGUGAAAGUCUCCGCCUUUCUUUCCGCGCUGUCUUUCCCGCGGGCAGAGCGGGGUACCUGAGUGCGGCCCCCACGGAGGAUCCGUGACUUUCCCAGACCCCUUUUGGCGCGCUUGGGAACCGGCAGCUCUGCACGGGCUGGUUUUGGAGGGAGCGGUGUUCGUUUGUUUAAAUUCCAGUUGUUAUUUGGCAGCAUAUCGCCUUCCGAGUCAAUAAGAAUUGCCCACAACGUAAAGAGCGACUUGCGGGAAGGGGCCGAAGCCGUCGUUAGCGCCCGGGCGGCGGCGGCCACUCGAACCCCGUUUCCGCCGAGCGCGCUGCAGCCUGCGGGGCGAGUUCGUUUUGUUUUGCCAGAAUCAUUUGGGACUUCUUUGUCAUUCAUGCCCUUCCUUUUAACUGAUUUUUUUUUUUUUUCCACUGUAAGUGACCGGCUGGGUUUGACUUUUGCUUCUUCCGACGGGAAGGGCACAGCGAGCCGGGGUGGGCGGCCCCUCGGGCAGGAGGGCGCGGGGGACACGCGGUGGCCGCAGACGCCGAGCCCCGCGGAGCCCCGAGGCCGCGUCCCCUGCGCCCCGGGUGUGCGCGGAGCCGGGGCCGGGGCCGAGGCCGAGGCCGGGGCGGGGGGAGUGUGGCGGCCCAGGAGGCCUGGACUGUGGGCCCCGCUCGCCCGCCCGCCGCGGGCCGCCCGGAGCCCGCGCGCCUGUCGCGCAGCCCGGCUGUAAUGGUGGCAGAUCAAAGGCGGCCCCGUGUCCCCGCGGAGCCCGGGACAAUCCCGCGCCUUUGUGCGCUGUUGCUAGGAGCCCGAGAAACUAAGAGAAAGUGUCAGGAGCAUGUUAAUCAGACUCGUUACACUGUAACAAUAUCGUCUCUCUCGGGUCUCCCAGGCCCCAGCACCCCCGCGCACCCUGCGCGCAGGCCGGACACCUGCGCAGGGCCCUCCCGCCCGCCCUGGGGUCCCGCUGGACCUGGGGUCCUUGCAGCCCCGAAUCCGCGCCCGAGCCACGCAGAACGACUAGCCCCGAGGGGCCCCGCAGGCUCCUGGUGCAGCUCCCUGGCCGUGGUCUCAUUGACCGAAGCCCCGGCCUCACCCCGCCUGGCCGCGAGCCCGAGGGACGGACGCAGGGCCGAUCCCGGUCCCCUGCUUUUCAGUCCUCCAGUCGAAUCGCCCACGUUGUUCAAUCACAGUAUUCGAAUCAAGAGGAAAAUGAACAUUCCCUUUAUGGUAGCUUUUUGGUUAUGAGUUUUUGCAAAACUGUUAAGUCAACUUUGCCGAUUUCCCUUGGGAAUCCCUGGAGGCCACUCUAAGUGGUAAUCUCAAAUUUAAGAAGGAAAUGGGGAAAUUUUGCUGAAAGUAAAGAUGUCGCCGAAUUUUUUGAAGGGAUUUGCUUCAUUCAUUCAUUUAGUCAUUCAACAGACACCUGUUGAACCCGACUGGGUGCCAGAGGGGCCAGUCACAGGACUUAUUCCAGAUGAACUUUUCUUUUGAAAUUAGAAUGCCCUUGUGGAAGCCAAAGGAGGAGCAGAGGCCUAAAAUAAUGUCAAGUGUCAAAGCAAAAAGAAGUGCCAUUGGCUGCUACAGUGUGUGAUGAUAACAAGAGAGGUGCGAAUUAGGAAUUAAAAACGUUUGAAAAACUGCAGGCCAUAUGCUUUGAAACCAGCCACUUUUUCCACCUUUCAUCUCCCUCUCCCCUCCAGUUUUGGUGGGCAGGAGCUAUGCCAGGCUGCAGUCCUCAACCCGUCAGAGGCCUGCCUGAGGUCUGAGGAGUGAGGCCAGGCCUUCUGUUUGUACACAGCCUUUCAAAUGUGCAGAGAGACACACUCCAUCCUGGCCCCAUUCCCCCUUUGCUCUUACGCGGGGAAUUGGAAAACUGUCCUCAGGCUUAGGGCUGAAUUUGGCCAAGUUAAGGUGCUUUUCUCCCAUACAAGCUCUUGCUCAAGAACAAACCCAUUCUGGAAGGUGUAGAAGGGGGCCAGACUUCAGAGUCAAGCUACCCACACCUAAGUCACAGGACAAAGCUGGCUGUCACCAGGAUGGGUGUAAGACAGCCUCUCAACUCACCUGUGUCUACCAUUGACUGAGGAGGAAUCCCAAAACUGUGUGAGACUCCUCUGUCGGUGAAAAUUUCUCUCUCACUGUUGAGAGAGAAAACAUGUAAACAUGUUUACAUGCAACAUGUAAACAUAUAGAAAACUGGGUCGGGUGCAGUGACUUAUGCCUGUAAUCCCAGCACUUUGGGAGGCUGAGGUGGGCAGAUCACUUAAGGUCAGGAGUUCAAGACCAGUCUGGCCAACAUGGUGAAACCCCUUUCUCUACUAAAAAUACAAAAAAUUAGCCGGGUGUGGUGGCACAUGCUUGUAAUCCCAGCUACCCGAGAGGCUGAGGCAGGAGAAUCACUUGACCCGGGAGGCAGAGGUUGCCCAAGAUCCUGCCACUGUCCAGCCUGGGCAACAAGGGCAAAAAUGCCGUCUCAAAAAAAAAAAAAAAGAAAGAAAACUGGACAGGUUCCCUGAGGAUUGGAGCCCCAGGCCUGGAAGGAACUUUAGAGAUUCCUUUCAUUACAUAAAUAAAAGAGUUGAUAUGCUGAAAACUCCAUCUUACAAAAAACAAGAGAGGCUGAACGCUGGCUAUGUGAUGAUGUUACAAUAGCUGGCUAAAGGGGAGAGAUUCAGUGACAAGAAACUGGAUUUCUUUGGUUUACAUAACGCCAAAUAGCUGGUUUGGCCGGGUUCUGUUUUGUUUUUAAACACAGAAUCAAAUUUCCUUCAUAAUCAGACACACUAAUAGAAUCAAGAGAGAAAUGAACAUUCCAUUUUAGAGAGCUUUGUGGUGGAGAGUUUCUUCCGAAGACUCCACACUCUAGGCAUCUGGCUUAAUGUUAAUAAGGGGCAGGGGGUUGGUCUUUUGAGUUCUGUGAAAGGAAGAACGUAAAAACCAACAUGAACUUCUGGCUUCGAUUUUCUGGGAGAACUGUGCUGGCUAAUAACCCAAACCCCCAAGUGAGGACAAGGGCACAUCCAUUUUUCCCCAUCUAAUUUCUAGGGUCUGGAAUUCCUGCGGUGGAAUUCCAGGUGGAAGCUCUCGGGAGCUUCUCCCAGGCUGGCAGAAGGGAGCUCCGGCCACUGCCUGCCCCCGCCCCUGUGUAUCCACAUCAGUGACAGCAUGGCUCUCUUAAGAGGCCCUGGCCACUGUCCACACUGAUCUUUUCUGAAGCCUUUGCACAAGCUGUAACCCUCCCUUCUCUAUGACACCCAACAAACGCCAAAGCAUUCUUUAAGACACAGCUUGAAAGCCACUCCUGUGAGGUCCUCCCAGCUCCCCCAGAGGCAACUUGCUGCUCUUCCCUUAGUCCUUCUGUUGCAUGGAUUGGAUUUUCAUUAUAGUGGUUGUUUAGAUGUGUGUGUCCCCAAAAAUAGUGUGGAUGCCUUGAAUAUUGGACAUUGUCACACAUCUCUGAUCCCUCUCCUGCUCUCGCCUCUCAUCCCCAGCAUGAACUUGUGGAAAACGUGUUCAUUAAAAUCAGGACCCUCCACUUAGGUUCUGAUCCUGGCUUUACCACUAAUGGGUUAGGUUACGUGCAGACAGAAGAAGAAGCCAUUUAUUCUCUCUGAACAUCAGUUUCUUCAGCUACCCAAAUAAAAACACCUAACUCCAAGAGUUGCUAUGAGGAUGUGGUAGUCAGAGAGAUGCGCCAUUUCCAGGAUCCCCACUUGCCGGGCUGGGGAGAUGCAGUCAGCAGACAACUCCCCACCCCACUGCCUUGCCCAAGACCCUUCCAGGGCCCCCCACCAUUUUGGCCAGAGGUGGGACACACAUGCCAGAAUUUCCAGUGGGGUUAGCCAAGACUUUGUUGGGUCUCCUUAGCCAUUCAACUUCUCCUUCACACUAAUCCUGAGUUCUCCUUCCUUUCCUGGACGUUGUUCCCUAGCAUCUUGCACCCUAAAGUCUGUCUGAGCAUCUGCUUCUAGAGCUCCUAACCUGUGGCGGAGGAUUAAAUGAACUACUGUAUUCAAAAGCACCUGGCAUAUGCUGGUUGCCAGGGGUUGGGGGUGGGGCAAUGGGGAGUUACUGUUUAAUGGGUACCGAGUUUCAUUUUUGCAAGAUGAAAAAAGUUCUGGAGAAGAGGAGGGCUAUGGUGGCACAACGGUGUGAAUGUACUUAAUGCCACAG